AUAAAAAAAAUAGCUAUUGUGUCAUGCGUUUCAAUGCUUAAAUUUAGAGGGAAGAUGGAUGAGAUGAUGAUUUAUAUAGAAAGAAAAAACCAAAACAAGCCGUAAAAAUAGCAUUAUAUCAUUCUCCCUUUACUUUCUUUCCUCCAUAGUUUGUUACAAAAGAAGAGAGAGAAAAAAACAGAAUGGGCAGAGAGGGUGAGAGAGGCGUGCGUGAGGGCAUUCAUUUGUGUGUGUAUUUAUUUAUGCUUUGGUUUUUUAUGUGCGGUUGAGAGAUGGUUUCAGCUUCAAAUGGCAUAGCGUCUAAAAAGCUUAAAAUCCCCCCACCCCAUCUUCCUUCUCCCAACAAGCACCACACAAUAGAAACAAAACAGAAGUAGGUAGAGCGCUUAAUUUAAUUCAAGGUAAACACCAUCAUGGUGAUCAUACAUCAUUUUCUGUUUCCAGUCUUUAUUUCUCUCCUGCUAAAACUGUAAUAUAACUCUUCAUUGCUUUUUCUUUUUCUUUUUCUUUUUUCUUUUUUCUUUUUUCUUUUUAAUUUCUGUCAAAUAUGUAUAUUGUAGUGUUUUUGGCCUUCGCGUCUCAAGUUUUUUCCUUACAUUAAUUUCCAUUAAUUUCUUGUUACGUCCUUGUUCCGCAAUUAAUCCAACCAUUGCCGGAUGCAUACAGUGUGUAUGACAGAAACCUCACAAGAAACUAAAUUAAAUGGAGAGGGAGAAAAGGAACAAGAGAGCAAGAGAAUCAGGAAGGGAGACAACAGAAUUGAUGAAAAAUGCAAAAAAGCUAGAUCUCACUAGUACUCAUUCCGAUGAAUACGACAAAGAAAACAGCUUCAACAGCAGCUUUCAUGAUGAUCCCAGUAAUAACAUGACCACUUCUUCUGGAAUAUUUGAUUUUCCAUGGUUGAAAGAAGGUAUGAUAUUCAAAUCAGACGACACUGGCCUUGAAUUUGAGGAUGCCUUUGCAUCCUGUUCCUGUCCGAGUGAAUCUCCCGGACACAGUUUUUGUAUGUCUGCAACAACCCUUCAAAAUUUUCAUGAUAAUAAUAAGAUUGCAGAUGAGGAUGAUCUUUGGUCUUUUAAAGUGGACGAGCUUGAUGGGACCGAUUGGAUUUGGAGCUCAUUAAUACUUGACCAGCCUCUUGCUGUUGGGUUCAACAAGGUCUAGAAACUGAAUGACUACAAUGUUAAUUACUUAUAUAUAUAUAUUUUUAUAUAUUAACUCAUAACAAACAAAUUGCUAAGAAUUCUGAUACAAGAAGUUACGAGAAGGUCCGGACACUGGAUAUAUAGCAUAGCAGAAUUGGUGCACUUCAUCAUUUUUGCUCACAGUAAUUCAUUGCUUGAUAUUUUUUUCAUUAAUAUCUGAAUUUUUCCCUAAUGAUCGAUGGGUUGCUACCUCGACGUUGGACACCAAAAUACUCUUGUUUUUGUCAAUGUAUAGCACUACUCUUUCUCUGA